CAACCGACGUACACAAGUGGCUUGAGGGGCUUGAGGCGACAGAGCAGAGCGCGCGAGGUCAGGCCAUGAACUUGGGAGAUGGCUUAAAGCUUGAAACUGAAUUAUUGGAUGGAAAAACCAAGCUAAUAUUAUCUCCAUCUGAAUGUAAAUCAAAAAUUUCUGUAAAGAUGGGAAAUAAGACCAAGAUUGCAAAAUAUCCCUUGAGAACUAAACAAAAUGGACACAUUCUAAAGUCAACACAAAAUACUUGUAACAAGAGUGAAAAACUUUUGCAAAAGAAGAGAAUUGGUUCAGAAACAUCACUGGCAAAAGGUGAAAGAGAUAGUAUGACUUUUUCACCCACUAAGGAUUUAUGCAAGCAGUAUGCAGAUAAAGACUGUCUUCAUACCCAUAUUCAGAAAGAGACUUCACCCACAGCCCCUAAUAUACAGAAUUCUAGAAACACCAUAAAUACUGCUGUAGUAACUAAACAGAAACCUUGCAAAAAACAUGUAGCUGAAAAUAUGAAGAGCAGUUUGGUGUGUCUAACACAAGACCAACUACAACAGAUUUUGAUGACUGUAAACCAAGAAAAUAGAUCAAGUUCCCUGACUGAGGAUGGAAAGAAGGAAGAAACAGGUCAGUAUAGUCUACAUGUAAACAAUAUUCCUAAUCAAUCCAAAGAUGAGAAUAUUUGGGGACUACUCCAAAAAAUUGAAGCAAUCUCAUCUGACCAGAGUGAAAAUAAAGCUGUUUUAAAUAAAAAUGAAGAGAUAUCUAAUCAUUAUGAAAAGAAAAUUGCCAUAGAGAAUGUAUGGAAACCAGCUGACAUAUUCAGUACUCUUGGGGAAAGAGAACGUGAUAAAAGUUUGUUGGAAGCCAAAAAAGCCCAGUGGAGGAAAGAGCUUGAUGAACAGGUUGCUUUAAAGAAGAAAGAAAAAGAAGCUUCAGAAAAAUGCAAUAAUAUCAGGAGAAAACCUGAAAGUGAUCAAAUAGUAUGGGAAAAGCUUCAAAUUUUUGACCAAUCUAAGGAAGUAGUUCCACUGGAGCACCCUUUCAGUGCUGUGAAACAAGAGCAGCAGAGAAAAUUGAUUCAAGAGUUAAAAAAACAAAUAGAAGAUGACCAACAAAGGAAAAUAGAGGAAAAAGCCAUAUUGUCAAAGGGUGAGGAACAUGACAGAUGGGCAAUGCAUUUUGAUUCAUUAAAGAACUAUCCUGAUUCUCAGUCUCAAAUGUCCUCUCGGUCAACACACAAACAACCAGAGUACUUCUGUGUCUCUCCAGACACUCAGGAGCUGACUGAUAUUAGCAGUGUUUAUACUCCUACAACUGGAAUCCAAGUUGAAGCUUCAGAGGAGGCGCAUAUAGGAAAACCUGUUAGGGAUGUGGUUAUGCCAAACAGUCAGAAAACAAACUUUCUCCGUUCUAUGACUGCUCUCUUGGACCCCGCUCAGAUUGAGGAACGAGACAGACGGCGGCAGAAACAGUUAGAACAUCAGAAAGCCAUCACUGCUCAAGUAGAAGAGAAGCGCAGGAAGAAGCAGCUAGAAGAAGAACAAAGAAAGAAAGAGGAGCAAGAGGAGGAGCAUCGUUUAGCACGGGAACGAGAAGAGAUGCAGAAACAGUAUGAAGAAGAUAUACUUAAGCAAAAACAAAAGGAAGAAAUUAUGACUCUCAAAACAAAUGAGCUGUUCCAGACAAUGCAGAAAGCGCAGGAACUGGCACAGAGACUGAAACAGGAACAGAGAAUUCGAGAACUCUCUCAAAAGGGACAUGACACAUCUGGAUUGAUGAAAAAUCUUGGUGGCUUGGAUGAAGUCAGUGGUAAAAUGAAUUCUACGACCUCACCCAAGAAGGAUACUGGUGUGCAAACAGAUGACUUAAAUACAGGCAUAUUCACCAAUGAUGAGUCACACUGUGGAUCAUUACUAGAGAAGGAAAUUGUAUAUUGUUCAUCUCCAGAGAUACCUGCAGAUUUUAAUGAACAGUUUAAUACUAAGAAAAGCAAACAAGAGCUAAUAAGUCAAGAUAAAGGAGCCAACUUAGAAAAAGAGAACAGUUGGUAUAAUGACCAGUUCAUAAGAACAGAGAAACAUACGAAGAAAUGUUCUAAACGACCUGACUGGAAUAUAAACAGACCAAUCAAAAGGUAUAUUCCAGCAUCAGAAAAAUAUCCCAAGCAGCUGCAAAAGCAGAGAGAAGAAAAAAAAGUAAGAAGGCAAAUGGAACUGCUUCAUUUGUUAGAAAGAAAUAAUCGUGGGCAUCUCUCUCAAACUAGAAGCACCUCACCAGAAGUUCUUCACUCACCUCAAGAAACUGAGUCAUGGGUCAGGUGGCAACUAGUUAAAAAGGAAGAAGAGCCUAUGAAUACUAAUUCCUUCAGCAGAGAAAGGGGUUACAGAUCCCAGUCACCACCAGUUCCAGCAGUGAAAAACAGAACACAACAAACUCAGACAUUCAAAAACAGUUACGAAGGAGAUAAUCAAAAAGAGUUGUCUGGGAUUUCUGAACCAUCCCAUUUUAUUCCCUAUGUCCGAACCAAUGAGAUCUAUUACCUUGAUCCAGACGCACCAUUGUCUAGGCCUUCAUCCCAAGAUCUUCAGAACCAAAAUCCACAUGAUUGUGACCAUGAAAGACAGCUAUUUGACCAAGGAAGGGACCCACUUUUUAAUCCCAAUUUGGUGAAAAACAGAGAUCGACAGCAAGCAAUCCUUAGAGGACUAUCAGAACUGAGACAGGGCCUUCUCCAGAAGCAGAGAGAGUUGGAAACUAACCUCAUGCCUUUAGCUGAAAAUCAAGAGGAGAACCUUACUCCUUCAUUUUCAAUGUAGAAAAUGAAAUCUUCACAUUUGAAUCUUCUAAACUUUAGACUGUGCUUGUGGCUUAACUAUAUACACUUUAGACUAUCUGAAUUUAUAUUAUGUAGUAAAUUUACUUAGUUUUGCAUAUAUAUACAUACAAUAAAAUACACUUUUGUAAAAGCUUUGUCAUAAUCAGAGUUGUUAAGUCUAUAAAAAACACAUUCUACUUACCUUACAGUCUGGACUUUCUGCCCUGUUAACAGACAAUAUUACUUUAUAAAUCAAAAUACAACUUAAUAUGUUCUUUUUUUGUUCCAUAAAAACAUUUGAAAAGGUAUAGUUCUUUCAGGUAACUCAUAGGCUUGUGUAAAAACAACUAUUUUCUAAAUCCUUGCUCUAAAACAGCAGUUUUCAUUUACAAGUUGAUGCAAUUAUCUGAAUGCUAUAUAUGUGAGUGAUAACUAUCCUACCCUCACAAAUAGUCUCAAAGUUGUCAAAAUUUCUGUUAUCAAAGAAAAAAAGGUAACGUUGACCAAAAUUUUUAUCAAGAAGUGACUUUUUACAUUGUUAAACCUAAAAGGAUAAAAAAUAAAGCUGCUUGGCAUUACUGUAUGUACACGGUCACUUAAAUGAAACAGCACGGUUAGGUGGAUCUUGAGAUACCAAGCAUUGCUCUUACACUUGUAUAAAAACACUACAAAAAUGUAAAUCAAAAAUACAAUACUGCUCAACAGAGAAAGGAAAAACGCCAUUGCUAUGUAAGUAUCUAGAAAACAGGCUUCUGUUUGCAGCCUAAGUGCAGGUGGCCUAUAAAUGUAAAACUGCAAAGUGCCAACAUGAGAUAAUUCAAGUACAAUAUAUGUUAAAAAUAUAUAUUUAUUUCAAUUUUUAGAUGCUUCAACUGUUACAGGCUAUCAUGAUUUAAAUAAACAUUUGAGAAA